UGUGCAUCUCUAUUAGUGCUAUGGCUGCGUAACAAACAAUGUUUAAACACAUGUUUGUAUACAUUUAUAACAGUAUUGAUUUGCUUUAAUAAAUCUAUGUUAUAGUGUAUACAGUGUUUUGUGUGUGGUUUUCGGUGAUUAUUAAUAAAUAUCUAUUAAAUUAGUCAUCAAUUGUGCAGUUAUUAUAUAUUGUUUGCCAUCAAUUAUACCUCAAUUGCAUAUAUAUAUAAUCAAUAGGGAAGUGUCAUAUCUAUUACCCGGUUURUCUAUCUGUGUGUGUGUUUGUUUGUGUGGCAUAUAUAUCAGUGUUUGGCCCACUAUUUUAAAUACAUUGAAUACUACAGUGUUUUUGUUAAACUAUAGCACCAGUAGUUUUSUUUAGUGUAUAUCUAUAUUGAAUAGAUAUGUAUGAUAUGCUGCUAUACAUCUCGUUGACGGUCAUGGCAUGUGUUGGUGACGGUGGCGCCAGUCAUAUAUAACUGUAUUAUAUGGUUAUAAAGGUGCGCGAAUCAGUGCUACAAUUCGCCGGUUUUAAGGACCGCCAGAAGCGCCGAAUGAGUCUACCGAUUGGCCGAUUCUCCGAGCGAUUGCAGGCAUCGGUGCGCUCCCGACGCAAUUCGUCGACCUCGCAGUCGUCCACAUCGUCGUACACCGAGUCGUCGUCCGACGAUGAAAACGACGCGGGAGUGUCGCCCCGGGAAAAGAAACAACAGUCCUCUAAGGGGUUCACAGAUUUUUGCGUCAAAAAUAUUAGUCAGUCAUCCUUCGGAAGACGAGAGAUUGAGGUCGCAGAGAAAGAAAUGUCAGGACUCAUGGCUCUCCGUAGUCGUGCAACUGAUGACAAACCACUAAAAGGUGCCAAAAUAAUAGGCUGUACUCAUAUCAACGCUCAAUCAGCCGUUCUCAUUGAAACUCUGACCACAUUAGGAGCUACUGUUCGCUGGUCAGCCUGUAAUAUAUAUUCCACUCAGAAUACAGUGGCCGCAGCUCUCGCUGAAAAUGGCCUUCCGGUAUUUGCCUGGAAGGGUGAGUCGGAACAGGACUUUUGGUGGUGUAUUGACCAAUGCGUUAGCAGCGAGUCCUGGCAACCAAACAUGAUUUUAGACGACGGCGGAGAUGCCACCCAUUUGCUACUUAAGCGAUAUCCGGCCGCAUCUAAUCUAAUAAAGGGUAUCGUUGAGGAAAGUGUGACCGGCGUUCAUCGACUCUACCAGUUGUCUAAAAACGGAAAGCUAACGGUGCCCGCUAUGAAUGUAAAUGAUUCGGUUACCAAAACUAAAUUUGAUAAUCUCUACUGUCCUCGUGAGACAAUCGUCGAUGCUCUUAAGCGAACUACAGAUGUAAUGCUCGGUGGAAAACAAGUGCUGAUUUGUGGCUAUGGAGAGGUUGGCAAAGGAUGUUGUGCUGCCCUUAAGGGUGUCGGAGCUAUUGUCUACGUAACAGAAAUCGAUCCGAUUUGUGCCCUUCAGUGUUGUAUGGAUGGCUUCAAAGUGGUGACAAUCAAUGAUGUUAUACGUCAAGUAGAUCUGGUAAUCAGUGCCACCGGUAAUAAAGAUGUGAUCACUCGCGAGCAUAUGGAUCGUAUGAAAAGCGGUACAAUCCUCUGCAAUAUGGGUCACUCCAACACUGAGAUCGAUGUCCAAAGUUUGCGAACACCUGACUUGACGUGGGAAAAGGUUAGGUCACAAGUUGACCAAAUUGUAUGGCCAGACGGCAAACGUAUAACAUUAUUAGCUGAAGGACGUCUUGUAAACCUCAGCUGUUCCAGUAUUCCAUCGUUUGUUGUCUCAAUCACUACUACUACUCAAGCGUUGGCACUCAUAGAGCUUUACAACGCACCGGUAGGCAGAUAUAAAUCAGAUGUAUAUCUCUUACCGAAGAAAAUGGAUGAAUACGUGGCGAGCCUUCAUUUGCCUACAUUUGACGCCCAUCUGACCGAACUGACCGAUGAACAGGCAAAGUAUAUGGGCUUACAAAAGACGGGUCCCUUUAAGCCUCAAUACUAUAGAUAUUAAUAUAACAAGAUUUUAGUCGAUCGACACUUACAAUCAUUCCUAACAAGAAUUUCGACAUAAUUUUUAGUCAAAUAAUUUUUAUCGUAAUAAUCAUCACAUUUUUAGUAUUAUUUCUAUUAUUAUGAUUUAAUUUAAGAGAUUACAAAUAAGAGAUAAAAAAUGGCAAAAUCUA